GUUAUUUUUGCAUCAUGAAGCAUUGGGAGUGAAGAUUCUCUCUUAACGUGGGACAAUUUCGAUCGUUCAUAAAAUUCAAAUGUAUAUUUUGUAAAAUUUUUCGUCAAUGACGAAAUGUAUAUGAAACACGAAAAUCGCCUUUGGCACACGACUUUCUCAUCAUGUGUUCUUGUUUUGUUUUUGUUUGCUAUUGAAAAGGGUUCAACCAGCAGAAGUGCAACAUGCAGUCUAAUCGGUGGCGUCGUUCACAUUGCCUGGCAUCCGCAUAUCGACAAUCUGUCUCCAAAUGGUUCGGUCGAGCAAGCUAAAUUUUGCUUCCACGAUAAAGAUCAUUGUUUUACGGUUUGUGAGGCGAAGUUUUUUGCGAAUGGAACGCUACGAAUGCAGUCACGUCAAAAGGAAAUCAUAGACUAUUGUAAAAAACCGCAUGGAUUCUGUAGAAUCGCGCCAUCCAAUGUCACUCUAAAUCAUGUCACGUGGUCUUCGCGAACACAAACACUCUCCUGCACUCUGUUCAGAACAUGCAUGUAUUAUAAAAGCCAUUUUUCUGUGAUGGGUUAUGCAUCGAGUGCCACGGGAAGAGAUGAUCGAAAGAAAUCUGAUUUUGUUAUUUGUCCCUAUCAGAAUUAUGAAAAAUUUAAACCAGCCACGCCGUUUGAUGUCCACGUUACCGAUGUGAAAAGCGAAGAAAUUACAUUUUCGUGGAAAUUGUCUCGAUGUGGCACCGAUCUUUUCGAAACGGACGUUUAUGUUCUUGUAAACGGCGUAAAAGUUUCGGAAGUGGUGGAUUAUCGAAGAGAUGUUAAUGGAAUAAACAACGUAUAUUCGUACACAAAGCGACGUCUUAAACCUCACCAAACUUUGGAAGUUCAAAUCACCACUGAACGACGUUAUCCGAGUUCUUUUUCGAAAAAAUAUACAUCAAAAACUACAGUUUACACUUACACGACUCGUCCUUCAGCUCCAGGGAAAGAACCUCAUUUGAAAAAUGUCAGAUAUGUCGGCGACAAAUUAAAGUUAGAUUGGAAGAAUCCCAAUCCGUUAGAUUUAAAUGGGGAACCAAACGAAACUAGGAUUGUUGGAAUGAAGGAUGGCAAAACAGUCUAUAACGAUGUUCGAUAUGGUAAACAAAGGACUUCAGCAUUGUUGAAAGUAAACCCCACGCAGCGUUGUGCUCGUUUUCAAGUGAAGAUAUGCAAUGCCCCAAAUCUCUGUAGUAACUUCUCGAAUGGCAGGCGGGCAAAUAAGUGCCUCAAUCAAUAUCCGAAUACAACACCAACCAAUGACGUGCCAUCGACCUCGCCCCGUGAUGCGCACGUGUUGUGGAUAAUACCUGUUUGUCUUGUUUUGCUCGUUAUCAUUUGUGCCGUGAUCGUUUAUUUUUGGUAUCAGCAAAAGAAAAUGAAAGCUCGUCCAAAGUUACCCAAGCUUAAAGAAGAACAGGAGCGUACAGGCGGCUACAUACCUGUGGGACAACUAUCUCAACUCGGUCAAUACCACUCACUUAAUGAAGAACCUAAAGAGAGAUCAAUAAAAUCAUCCGACUGUUAGGGCAGGGAGGUUUGGAUGUAUCUUCUUUUGUACAAGUGUACUGCAACGAGCAACCAUUUGAACAUUUUACAUUCUUGUGAUGUUUAGAGCAUUUGUAUUUUACUACGGUAAAACUGCAUCUUCAUCGUCUUUCAAGGUGUUGAAUUUGUUGGAAAGUACGUCAAUUAGCCGAAACCCAAAAUUUCGUCAAUUUACAAUCAUAUAAUUCUUUACUGACAUCGUUUCCCUCAUUUUCAACAGCAAAAAAUACAAUGAAGAUAUUUUUUCUGAAAUAAUAUGUAUAGCAUUUCAGCUUUAAAUGUUGUAAGCAUUGCACAUACGUAAAAUGCCCGAUGGUUGCUUUUCGCUUCAAGCCUCAUGCAUUGAAUUAAUAUAUCUAGGCUGUAUCUGGAUCAUCUAAAGAAAGCGUGUCGACCAAGAUGCAUUGCGCGUUGAUCACAGCAAUGGCGGAUUUCGUAUUGUAGUCCAUGCAACAUAGACAAACGAUAAUAAUUAAUGUACAAUAGAGUUUUCAAUCAAUGUUUUUUUGCCAACCUCUCAGAUAAAUUAGACGAGGUAGUGACGAAAUCGAAUUCGGUGUGCCGUAAGCUAAAAAAACUAACGAUGUAAACAUAAACAAAAACGCGCAAUGCAUCUUGGUUGACACACAUACUUUAAUCUAUAGUUGACGUCGCAACUCCACUCAAUGUUUUGGAGUAAGAUUGUUUUACUCUUGUCGAAUGUUCAUCCAAAUUAAUGGUUUUCUUAGUUACAGUGACGCAUAUCACGGUUUUGUUAAUUUUUUUUUCAUACGCAGUCUUUCCGAUGUUUUUCAUCGGUUGAAACUGACAAUUAUGAUAUUGAAUGCUCUAGCUGUAACCUGAGCCUUCCAGUUAUAUAUUUCGUUCAAUGAUAAUCUCACGAUUCGCAAGCUCAACCUAAGUGUUUGAGCGCGUUGUUGAGUCUGGUAACGAGUUUUUCAUCAUCACGUGAUUGUAUAAGUUUGAGCAUGCAGUCGGAAUUCAUCAAGCCGAAAUUAGUGUUAUCUUUGGAAGCAAAGCCGACGGGAACGGCUUGAUGAUUAUGAAAGGCAUGCGAAAACUGAAUUUGACGACAAUAACGAUUUGCUAUCCUUUCGAAGAUUGGCAAAAAUUUUAAGCUCUGGCCCGAACUGUGAGGUUUAGCCAUAGGUUUUUUGUGAAUCACGAUCGAGAUUGCAUUCAGUAUGUAUGCACAACAAUGGACAAUGGGAAAAACAAUCUCGCUGCGUAUGAUGGGAACAUUGCGCAUGUCUUUUCAUCGUUUGCAGCAAGCCUGUUUUCCAACCUUUAAAUAUUGGCUGGCACGUAUUUUAGUAAAGAUUAUGUAUGCUUAUAUUCGUGACUGAACCACGUCGUGUUAUUUUACAAUGAUUAAGUUUUGAAACAAAGUAACGACGUAUUUGUAACAAUGUGAAACUGCUGACCCGUCGCGAGUGUCGUGGGCGCAUAUAUUUACGUAGCUGCCCUCGGUUUUGUCCAAUUGACAAUAGAUGCCCUUAAAGUAAACAACUUUUAACUUGCCUAUGAAGUAAACACCACACAAAAAGAAAGUUCCCUUUCUAGAUAACUUAUCAUAAGUGCUAAAUGAGGGGGGGAGGGGAGAGAGACUACAUUUUUGUGUGGUGUUAAUGUUGUGGACAAACCAUACAAGUCUGUAUUUGUGCGAGAAAUGCUCGUGAGAUAGAUGGCAGUAGUAAAAGCAUUUUUUCACUACGACUUCCUCCAAGAUUAUAUACGUUUUAACUGAAAUUAUUUUUACUCAAAUAAAACAUAGACGAAAGGAAAUACACCACAAUGACAAUUCCAGAUAAGCAGUUGCAUGUUUUUUGAGUUUCAGUAAAAUACAUUUAUGUGGUCCGGUCACGAAUAAUGGCUCAAAUAUUCAUUCUCUACAUUUGCCAUUGUUCACAUUUUAAUUAAUGUACACUUUAGAAUAUAUAAAUUUAUCGAAAAAGAGAUUUUUUCUUUUGAUAUAACAAUCCUGUGACAAUAUUUAAUUAAAAUACAAUCUCGUCUGAACUUCCUGGGCUAGCAUUUAUUAGCUUGUUGGUUUGCCUUCUCCAAUGUACAUCACGUUUCAAGAUAUACAGAUUGCUUGAACUAACGCCAUGUUAAAGUAAUGAUUAUGCUAAAUAAUUUAUUCGUUUUUUAA